GGACACGUCAAAACGUCAAACUGAAAUCAAAAAAGGUAUCACAGACCUACUGCCUAGGUACCUACAAAAAAAGUCUAGUCGUGUGAAGUAAAAUAAUGAGCACCACUGUGUAAAAAUUACAUUACAAGAAUAAAAUCCGGGUAGGUACGUACCUAUCCGAAUCAAGAAUUUACUUAGGAUAUAAUUAAUUGUAUAGAUCACAAUGAGAUUAUUUUCAAGUAUAAUAUGUUUGACGGUGGUUAUGCAUUGUUCAUAUGCCCCUCCAGUGAACCCCGACAAAUCUAAUGAAGAAGAAAGUGAUGUGAAAGACAAUUUGGAUGAGUACAUGGAAUAUUCCAGGUACUUGAAAGAGGUUGUGCAGGCUUUGGAGAGUGACCCUGACUUCAGGGAGAGGCUGGAAAAAGCGGAUGUUGAUGAUGUCAGGUCUGGUAAAAUAGCUGACCAGUUGGACUUUGUAAAUCACAAUGUGCGGACUAAAUUAGACGAGAUCAAACGACGGGAGCUGGAGAGACUACGCCAUUUAGCGACGAAGCAAUAUGAGCUGACAAACAACCUGGACGCACAUAUGGGGAAGGUGCCGACCAACGAGCACCUGGACCACGCUAAUCCUCACACCUUCGAGGUUGAAGAUCUCAAAAAACUUAUCAAAAAAACGACAGAAGACUUGGAGACAGCUGAUAAGCAAAGAAAGGAAGAAUUCAAGGAAUACGAAAUGCAGAAGGAGUUUGAAAAACACCAAGUGAUGGAAAACAUGGAUGAGAAGCAAAAACAGGAGUACGAAGACAAAAUGAAAAAAGAAGAAGAUGCUAAGAAACACCACGCUCCGCUUCACCACCCUGGCUCUAAGCAACAACUUGAGGAGGUCUGGGAGAAACAAGACCAUAUGGAUCAACAGUUUGACCCUAAAGUAUUCUUCAUGAUGCAUGACGUGGAUGGCAAUGGCGUGUGGGACGCUGACGAAGUGAAGGCGUUGUUCAUCAAGGAGUUGGACAAGUUGUAUGGUCCAGGAGGCCCUAACAAGGAUCUACACGAACGGGCCGAGGAGAUGGAGCGCAUGCGCGAACACGUGUUCAAAGAGAAUGACAAGAAUCGCGACGGUCUAAUUGAUUUUCAGGAGUUCAUGAUGGAGACGCAGAAAUCCGAAUUCAACCAAGAUGAAGGUUGGAAACCAAUAGACGAGAAUCAGAUAUACACACAAGCCGAGUACCAGGAGUAUGAGAGGCGCAGACUCGAGGAGUUGAGAUACCUGCAACAGCGAGGCUUGGUUGACGCGCACGGGCGCCCGUUACCAGGAGCUCAGCACCAGAUCCACCAGGCCCAGCAGGCGUUCCACCAGGCUUAUCAGCAACAAUACCACCAACAGGGCUAUCAGCCCCACCACCCAGGUCAACAGUACUACCCUCAAGGUCAACCACCUCAAGGUUAUCAACAGGUACCUGGACAAGUGCCUCCACAAGGCUUCCAGCAACCUGGGCAACCUCAAUACCAACAAUACCAACCUCCGCAAGGUCAACAACAAUACCAGCCACCUCAAGGUCAACAGCAAUACCAACCACCUCAGGGCCAACAACAUUAUCAGCAGGCGCAGGGCCAACAAUAUCAGCCUCAAGGUCAAUACCAGCCUCAAGGUCAACAACAGAAUCAGCCUCAAGGUCAACAACAGAAUCAGCCUCAAAGUCAACAACAGAAUCAGCCUCAAGGUCAACAAUUCCAGCCUCAAGGUCAACAGAAACAGCCUCAAGGUCAACAAUUCCAGCCCCAAGGUCAACAAAACCAGCCUCAAGGCCAACAAUUCCAGCCUCAAGGUCAACAGAACCAGCCUCAAGGCCAACAGUUCCAGCCUCAAGUUCAACAGAACCAGCCUCAGGGUCAGCCACAACAACAGGCCCAGUCGGCUCAAAACUCUAAUCAACAAAACUUAAACCAACCGCCUUCAGUUCAACAGCAAGGCCAACCCGCGCCGGUACAAUACCAACCUGCCCAGGGUCAAAAUAAAAUACAGGCUCAAUCUCAGGGCCAAUCCCCACCUCUUCAAUCACAGGGACAACAAGGGCAACCAUCCCAAUCAAACACAGUCUAAAGUAUAACCAGCCUCUCAAUCAGGCUCGUUUGCAUGUUUAUGAGAGAAACUAGGGAUACAAGUAAUCAUAGAUCAUCAACGUAAAACAUUGAAUUUUAUUUACGUUACCAUUUCUUUCCAUAUCUUUCGUAAUUACCUACAUAUCUUGCUGUAAAAAAAUUGGGAACUUCCUAAAGUCAAUCUAAAAGUCAUCAAUCAGUAAAGUCAUUUUAAAAGUCAUCAAUCUGUUAAUCAGUCAUCAGUCAAGUGAAAAGUCAAAUUUUAUUCAACAGUAGCGACGCCCUUAACGGUCAAAUUAAUUUAUUCCUGUAACCCGAUCAGACAUGCAAGAGGGCCAUCUAUAUUAAAUAAUUAAUUACGCUUUUUUGACUUUGUGAUCCAUAUUUCACAAAUGGUGCCAAAUUACCACUCAAUGUUAACGUAAAUUAUUGUAUUUAACUUGUUCAUUGAAUUUACAGACGUAAAUAAAUUAAUGAAUCUACGUA